CUCUCGCUCUCUCUCCCUCUGCCCUCUCCCUCUCCGCCGUCGCUUAUUGUGGCUGUUAAAUUUUAAACUGCUAUGCACUCCGCUUCCAGUAUGCUGGGAGUCGUGAAAAUGGAAGGACACGAGCACACGGAGUGGAGCAACUACUACGGCGAGCCAGAGGGCUACUCCUCCAUGAACGCCGGCUUGGGCAUGAACAGCUACAUGGCCAUGCCCGCCAUGGGCAGCGCCGGCAACCUCUCGACUGUGGCGUCCGGCGGCUCCAUGGGCAUGUCUUACGCGGCUGGCCCGGCGGGCAUGAACCUGUCUCCCGGCGCGGGGGCCAUGGCCGGCAUGGCGGCCCACCUGAGCCCCAGCUUGAGCCCCUUGGGCGCCCAGGCGGGCUCCAUGGGGGCCGCGCUGGGCGCCUACUCGGCCCUGAGCCCGGUGGGGGCUGGCGGCGGCGGGGGCGGCGGCGGCGGGGGCUACGGGCCAGCGGUGGGCCUCGGCCGCGCCCGCGACGCCAAGAGCUACCGCCGGAGCUACACGCACGCCAAGCCUCCCUACUCGUACAUCUCUCUCAUCACCAUGGCCAUCCAGCAGUCCCCCAACAAGAUGCUGACGCUGAGCGAGAUCUACCAGUGGAUCAUGGACCUCUUUCCCUUCUACCGGCAGAACCAGCAGCGCUGGCAGAACUCCAUCCGCCACUCGCUCUCCUUCAACGACUGCUUCCUCAAGGUGCCCCGCUCGCCAGACAAGCCGGGCAAGGGCUCCUUCUGGACCCUGCACCCCGAUUCGGGCAACAUGUUCGAGAACGGCUGCUACCUGCGCCGCCAGAAGCGCUUCAAGUGCGAGAAGCCGCCGGGCGCCAAGCAGCAGCAGCAGCAGCAGCAGCAACCGGGGGCCUCGCCGGCCUCGGGCCCCGGCAAGAAGGCGCUCCCGCAGGCGGAGCGCGAGGGGCCCAACGGAGGCUCGGAAUCGCCGCGCUCCAACGCCUCGCCUUGCCGGGAGCACAAGCGCUCGCUGGCCGAGCUCAAGGGCCAGCCGGAGCCCGCCCCGUCGCCGGCCCAGCAGCAGCAGCAGCACCUGCUGGCUCAGCAUCACGCCCACCCGGGGCUCUCCCACGAGGCCCACCUCAAGGCCGAGCACCACUACGCCUUCAACCACCCCUUCUCCAUCACCAACCUGAUGUCCUCCAGCGAGCAGCAGCAGCACCAGCAGCAGCACCAGCAGCACGCCCACCAUCCCCACCCCCACCACCAGCACUCCCACCACCCUCAUCCUCCCCACCCCAAAAUGGACCUGAAGGCCUACGAGCAAGUGAUGCACUACGCCGGUUACGGCUCGCCGGUGCCCGGCAGUUUGGCCAUGGGCUCAGUCACGAACAAAAGCGGGCUCGAGGCCUCGCCCUUGGCCGGAGACGCCUCCUAUUAUCAAGGGAUGUACUCUAGGCCCAUCAUGAACUCGUCCUAAAGAAACC